CAUUACUAAGGAUGGAUUCCUCUUUAAUUCUUCAGCAUGUACGCCUGCGCCCUCCUCCCUUCAGCAUAAUAGCCUCCGUGAUAGGAAUUACCGGCGUGCCCCGUUCAAUUAACCUAUGGAAUUUCAGUCCGACAACGAUUACGCGAUGGAAUUUCACUCAAGAUCACAACCAGCUACCCCCACAAAGUAUCAGGAAGUGCCAAAUGAAGCCAGCAGCUCUUACGUCCAACGUCAUUGGGUUCCGCAAUGGCCUGAUAACCACAUUCCAAAGGUAGGCAUGGUUUUUAAGGACUUGGAUGAUGCUAUUCGAUUUUAUCGUGCUUAUGCUGCUGAGGCAGGGUUUGAUGUGCGCAAGACUACCACUACAAAGAAAAAUGUUUGGCGAAGGAACAUAAGGGACCAUUUGAGCGUAGGGGUAUUUGACAAAGUCAAAAUACCCGUGAAGCUCACGGCUCAGAAUAUUGACGUUAUGUGCCGUUUUGGAGACGUUGGUGUCUAUCCGAGAAAGGGUGGUGGUCAAGGCCGCCAUUUGCUCGGCGAGAGAAGGAUUGGUCGAAGAGGUGGCAGUCGAGGCAGUGGCUCUCGGUUGGUGGCGAGGACGAGGCUGCGGGAACGUAGCUUCAUCGGUUCCCGGGUGAAAGGAAGACUCGUCAAUCACCCAAUGCUUCGUCCCUUUGCAUUUCGGUCCGACGUCCGUCUUGAUGUGGUACUCAUCAAGGAUCGCCAUGACGAGAAGAGCAUAGGGGAGCGGCCGGUGGAAAACCGGGGAGGAAGAAUCUCCCGAUGCUCAAACUUCUCCGAGAACCUUGCAGCCUCUUCGCGGUCGUUGAACCAAAGGAACGACCCGUCGAGAUACUUGUGCGCCGGUGGUGGAGGAGCCGAGGAAGAACCAACGUUCUUGCCGGAAUCAAUGCAAAAGAAACCAUACUACUUCUUCUAUUAUGAUGAAAAGAAGAAGAUUCACAUACCACUUCCGGAACCCACACAAAUGAAACCGAGGCCAUUUUUGAAGAUCAAUAGGAACAUUGAUCUAGGCCAUAAGAAGUUCAUACUCAACUGUGCUAAAGCGAACAUUGGCACCAUGAAAUCAUACCGACUUUUCAAAGAGUCCGUUGGUGGGUAUUCAAGUGUUGGUGCACCCGCUGUGGACUUCAAAAACUUCAAACGCGAUUUGAAGGCCUAUAUUGCUGGUGGAGAUGCUCAAAUGGUCAUUGACAAAUUAUUCCGAAAAUCAGAAGUAUGCCCUGGAUUUAGGUUUGAUUGUGAAGUUGACGAGUACGACAAGCUUUCCAGGCUAUUUUGGUGUGACGCUGCUUCUAGGAAAAGCUACUCCCUGUUUGGUGAUGUUGUCUCGUUUGAUGCCACAUAUAAAACCAACAGGUACAUGAUGAUAUUCGCUCUGUUCACUGGUGUCGAUAACCAUAAAAAAUGUGUGACAUUCGGCUUUGGCAUACUGUCAAGCGAGGACACUGAGUCAUAUUCAUGGUUGUUGAGAUCAUUCAUGAACGCGAUGGGGAAUGCUCCAAGAUGCAUCAUAACUCAUCAAGAUCCCUCAAUGCGAAUUGCAAUACAAGAAGUCUUACCACAAACCAAGCAUCGCUAUUGCAUGUGGCAUAUUAUGAACAAACUAUCAGGGAAAGUUGGUCCAGUGUUAAGCAAGGAUACGGAAUUCAUGAAUCGCAUUAAUCAGGUUGUCUGGACUCAUUACUUGGACAAAAAAGAAUGGAAAGCACAAUGGCACAGUGUUAUGGCAGACUACAACCUCACGGAGCAUUCGUGGUUCAAGUCACUAUACACAUUACUGAGGAUGCUUCCGAGUAUCAGAUCAGCGAUGCACAUCUCUGUUGUUUUCAAAAACCUGAAAAUAGAAAAGAUCCCCGACUUGUAUGUUACCAACCGGUGGUGCAAAUUCCACUUGCUCAAACCAAUGUUUGAUGUCGGUGGCUCAGAAAUGGACAAGGUAUCAUUUACGGAUCAAAAUAAGACUCUCGUUUCUCAGUUGAUGUCAGACAUCCACUUUUGUAUUGCGUUGGUGGAACACAACCCUGAUUUGCUACUUGCCUUUUCCAACACUAUAAAACAGCACAAGGAGGCGCUCAUUGACAAACUUCAAGAUGGCAAACUAUCAUCUGACACAUCCUCGAUGUUUGAAAACUUUUGUGGCACUUCUGCACCUUCAGAAGUUCAUGUAUUACCCCCGGCACAAGUUUGUAUGAAGGGCACCGGUAAGCGUAUCAAAGCAGGAAAGGAAGUUAGCAUUGAAGAAUCAAAGAAAACCAAACGCUUGUGUCGGACAUGCAAAGAAUAUGGCUUCCACGACAGCAGGAACUGUCCUAUGAACCAUGAGAAGUGAUAAGUCUUUUUUCCUGUUCGACUUUUAUUGUUUAUUAAUGUUUCAGUUAUUUUUAUUCUAUUUAUAUAUCUCUGGUUUUUUCCCAUCUCUUGUAUUGCUAAAUAAAAAAAAUCAAUUCCAAUGGUUGAA